AUGUUGCGAGAGGCAGCCACCAGGAAGAGCAAAAACAAAAGAGAGCCCGGGAUGCCUCCUCCUCAGGGACACUUGACUUUCAGGGAUGUGGCUGUAGAAUUCUCUUUGGCGGAGUGGAAAUGCCUGACCCCUGUGCAGAGGGCUUUAUACAGGGACGUGAUGAUGGAGAACUACAGGAACCUGGAGUCUGUGGGUGAGGAAAACGUCCCUCCACACACAAGGAAUCUGCCCUUGUCCAUCUGGGCUCUUCCUGGAUUGAUUUCCAAAGACUCAUGUUACAAGCAAGCCACCAGGAAGACCAAGGAAAAGGAGCCCGGGAUGCCUGUUGCUCAGGGACACUUGACUUUCAGGGAUGUGGCUGUAGAAUUCUCUUUGGCGGAGUGGAAAUGCCUGACCUCUGUGCAGAGGGCUUUAUACAGGGACGUGAUGAUGGAGAACUACAGGAACCUGGAGUAUGUGGGUGAGGAAAACGUCCCUCCACACACAAGGAAUCUGCCCUUAUCCAUCUGGGCUCUUCCUGAUAGCUUUUUAAAAUCCAUAAUGGAGUUCUCAUCAACAGGGCAAGAUAGUACAAGAGAAGGGAUCCACACAGGGACAUUGGGAAAAUGUACAAGCCAUCACAUUGGAGAUUCUUGCUUCCCAGAAGUUGAGAAAGAUAUUCAUGAGUUUGAGUUUCAGAGGCAAGAAGUCAAAGGAAAUGGCCAUGAAGCACUCAUGACAGAACCCAAGGAGUUGACUGGUAGUAUAGAGCCAUAUGAUGAUGGGUGUGCUGGCAGGAAGCCUAUUGGAGAUCAGCUUGGGUUAAGCUUCCAUUCGCAUCUGCCGGAACUGCACGUAUUUCAGACCGAAGGGAACAUUGAUAAUCAGCUAGAGACGUCUGCCAAUGAUGAUUCCUCAGUUUCAACAGGCCAAAACAUUUCUUGUAGGCUCAAAACCCAUGUCUCUAACAAGCAUGAGAAUAAUGUCCUCCAUUCUUCAUUAUUCACACAAAAACAGGAAGUACACAUGAGAGAAAAACCUUUCCAUUGUAAUGAGUGUGGCAAAGCCUUUCAUAAUAGUUCACUCUUAAGGAGACAUCAGCUAACCCAUUCAGGAGAGAAACAAAACAAAUGUGAUGUGUGUGGCAAAGUCUUUCCUAAGAAGCACAACCUUGUAAGUCACCAUAGAGUUCAUACUGGAGAGAAAUCUUACAAGUGUAAUGAGUGUGGCAAGACCUUUACUCAGAAGUCAUCCCUGCAGUGCCAUCAUAGAAUUCACACGGGAGAGAAACCUUACACAUGUAAUGCAUGUGGUAAGAGUUUUAGUAGAACAUCACACCUUGCACGUCAUCAGACCCUUCACACUGGAGAGAAACCUUACACAUGUAAUGAAUGUGGUGAGAGUUUUAGUAGAAAAUCACACCUUGCAUGUCAUCACAUAUUUCAUACUGGAGAGAAACCUCACAAAUUCAAGGUUUUUGACAAGGUUGUCCGGUGUCAUUCAUGUCUUCUAGAGCAUCAGAGAAUGCACACUGGAGAGAAACCUUACAGGUGUAAUGAGUGUGGCAAGACCUUCAGCCGGAAGUCAUCCCUGCAGUGCCAUCAUAGAAUUCACACUGGAGAGAAACCUUACAAGUGUAAUGAGUGUGGCAAGACCUUCAGCCAGAACUCAUCCCUGCAGUGCCAUCGUAGGAUUCACACUGGAGAGACACCUUACAAGUGUAAUGAGUGUGGCAAGACCUUCAGCCGGAAGUCAUCCCUGCAGUGUCAUCAUAGAAUUCACACUGGAGAGACACCUUACAAGUGUAAUGAGUGUGGCAAGACCUUCAGCCAGAACUCAUCCCUGAAGUGCCAUCGUAGGAUUCACACUGGAGAGAAACCUUACACAUGUAAUGAAUGUGGCAAGGUUUUUAAUAAACAAGCACUCCUUUCACGUCACCGUAGACUUCAUACUGGAGAGAAACCUUACAGUUGUGAAGAAUGUGACAAAGAUUUUAGUUGCAAAUCACACCUUGAAAGACAUAAAAGAAUUCAUACUAGAGAGAAACCAUAUAAAUGUAAGGUUUGUAACAAGGCUUUUGGGCGUAAUUCAUACCUGGCACAACAUCAGAGAGUUCAUACUGGAGAGAAACCUUACAAGUGUAGUGAGUGUGGCAAGACCUUCAGUCAGAUGUCAUCCCUUGUAGUCCAUCAUAGACUUCACACUGGAGAGAAACCGUAUCAGUGUAGUGACUGUGGCAAGACCUUCACUCAGAUGUCAUCCCUUGUAUAUCAUCGUAGACUUCAUACAGGAGAGAAACCUUAUCAGUGUACUGAGUGUGGCAAGGCCUUCAGUCGGAUAUCAUCCCUUAGAUGCCAUCGGAGACUUCAUACAGGAGAGAAACCUUAGUGUAAUGACUGUGGGAAAACCUUCAGUCAGGUGUUAUCCCUUGCAUGCUAUCAUAGAUUUCAUACUGGAGAGUAACCUUACCAGUGUACUGAGUGUGGCAAGGCCUUCAGUCGGAUAUCAUCCCUUAGAUGCCAUCGGAGACUUCAUACAGGAGAGAAACCUUAGUGUAAUGACUGUGGGAAAACCUUCAGUCAGGUGUUAUCCCUUGCAUGCUAUCAUAGAUUUCAUACUGGAGAGUAACCUUACCAGUGUACUGAGUGUGGCAAGGCCUUCAGUCGGAUAUCAUCCCUUAGAUGCCAUCGGAGACUUCAUACAGGAGAGAAACCUUAGUGUAAUGACUGUGGGAAAACCUUCAGUCAGGUGUUAUCCCUUGCAUGCUAUCAUAGAUUUCAUACUGGAGAGUAACCUUACCAGUGUACUGAGUGUGGCAAGGCUUUCAUUCAGAUGUCAUGUCUUACAUACCAUCGUAGACCUCAUACUGGACAGUAACCUUACAAGUGUCAUAUACAGGGUCCAGCCCCCCUGGGUCUGUUGGGUGUUCUUUUGUGUGUGGAGAAGACAAAGGAAAGAAAGACAGAAGACAGAGAUAAGAAAAGAGUUGAGCUGGACCCAGGAGACCACUAUUAGUAAGGUGAAGAGCCCAGUUGUGGCCCCGAAUGCCUGGACAUGCUGAUACUUAUUGUAUACAAGGCAGGGGGGCAGGGUAAAGAGUGACUCAUCUGACAUGAUUGAUAGGGUCAGGAAAAUCACAUGCUUACAGCACAGGGGCCCUCCCUUUCGGGUAGCCCCUUCAAGGAGGGGAGGCACAUAUGUCAGCAUCUUUCUAUGCACUUCUCAGAAAGAUCAAAGGCUUCUAGGAUUCCUGUAUUUUCAUGCCUUCUAAGAACAUGAAAAGAGCACCAGGUUGGAAAGCAAAACGUGAAAGUGAAUAAGGAUGGUGACCAUCAGAACACAGCACCGCAGAGAGACAUUUAAGCCUCUAGAGGCUGGACAUGGUGGCUUACGCCUAUAAUCCCAGCACUUCGGGAGACGGAGGCAGAUGGAUCACGAGGUCAAGAGAUCAAGACCAUCCUGGUCAACAUGGUGAAAACUUGUCCCCAUUAAAAAUACAAAAAAAUUAGCUGGGCAUGGUGGCUCGCACUUGUAGUCCCAGCUACUUGGGAGGCUGAGGCAGGAGAAUUGCUUGAACACAGGAGGUGGCAGUUGCAGUAAGCUGAGAUCACGUCAUUGCACUCCAGCCUGGGUAACAAUAGUGAAAUGCUUACCUCAGAAAAAAAACGUAGCCCCUGGUUGUCUGCAGGCUGCCCUGGCCAAUAUCAGGCCUUCCUCACGGGUCAAGGUUUUCUGAAAUCCCCCAAUGAAAAAGAAACUCCCUUUCAUGGCCUGCUAAGUAGAGGGCACUUUCUGAGCUGCUGACACUACAGCAAGGCACUCUCCCCUCCUGAUCACUUCUCACAAUGUCCCUCCCGUUCCUAAUUAUAUUUCACCUGAUUAUGUCUAUAUUAUGUGACUGAAGUGAUCCUGUGGUAUACUACUAAACCAAAGGUUAAUAAUAGUGAUUAAAUAGGAUUUUUAUAUAA